CACGUGAUGCCGAGCGCCGGAAUUCUGCCGGCGUGCAGACACAAGCAGAAAUAUAGUUUUCAUGUGUCGGCAUUGUGAUCUGUAGUAGAUUUCCAGAAUGUGGCUGCCGCGAAGAAAAGGCUUUCAAUAUUUCGGGAGGAUAGACAUACAUAGAUUUUUGACAGACCAUCUUCCAACCAGCAACAAAGAGCGCACUGUCGGUCCCGGCGGCGGAUUCGAGCGAGGGGAAACGUACACGGAUUCACGCCGCUACUUCUAACUGACCAGUAUGGGACAGAACCAGGACAAACUAGAAUCCGGAGAACAGACCCCCGCCGACGGAUCGGAGGACGGCCGCCCCGAACGCGGAGGUUCAGACAGUGAUGCGGAUGAUGUCAUGAAGGCAGGAAGCGCCUGUGAAGAGGAGACCGGCGGCGGCGCGGCGGGGGGGAAAUCGGCGGAGCGAGACGCGCAAUGUUUGGAGGGGAGCCACGAGCGGCAGCCCAUAAUACCUUCCAGUGAGAAGCAUGUCGGUUCGAGGCCGAGGCAGGUUGAGGCGAAGCAAGGCGGGGUGGCGGCAAGUCAUCUAGAAGGAAAGGAAGGAGGGAAAGUUCCACCGGGGAAAAAACUAAACGGCAGCGGAACGACCGAGGGAAGAACUCGGACAUACAAACUGUUCGGUAAAGAUAGGAUGGAGGAGAAGAAGAGUGAACGGAAGGAGUUUGGAGUCUGCUCCAAGAUCCAAAUGGAGGACCAGGGCGAAGGCAACCAAAACAAACGCGAGUCGCACGGCCACGUGUCGCAUUCCUCGUGGGAUUCAAACUCUCCGACUCGGCAAACGGACGAAAAUGAAGCUCACCGAGCCACGGAGACGUCCGACCCGUCCGCGGACGCAGAACCGAGUUUUAUCUUGGAGAAGCUGCUGAGGAGAAACCGAAAGGAGGUGUGUCCACCCCGAGAAGAAAUACACGAGGUCAAAGCGGGUAAAUCCGACGCUGAGCCCGGCGAGGAAAUGAACCCGGCGGAAUUCGUCGGCCGCGGCCUUUCGUCGUCGUCUUCUAUCAAAGCGACGCAGGGUGACUUUGAAGCGGAAAAUCCCGCCGACCGGGUGACCAAGAAAUCCAACAAUUGCAAAAGCGACAAGCCGAUCGUGUCAAACGCGGCCGCCUCAAAGCCUCCACACCAAAGACGGUCAUGUGACGUAAAGUGCGCGAACACCAAAGAGGCCGCGCCGUCCUCCGGGCCUCCACCCGCCGGGAGUCGUGACCCCCCGGUAGACUCGCAACGAGUUCUCCGCAGACCAGACGGGGAGGAUGCGAGCGUCGUUUCAGCCGCGGCUACGACGGGAGAAACCCGCUCGAGGCCGGAAACCGAAACGCCCGAGCUGCCCGGUUGCAAAUCCGUGCGGGAAAAGUCCCCGGAGAGGGCCGGGUCGAGGCCCGUCUGCGACCUCAUCAAGGAAAACGUGCAGCUGCGCGAGAAGCCCCCGCACCACGACUGGCCCAAGCCCGGCGAGGUCAAAGGCGACGAGCAAAGCCCGUCCGCGGUGAAGGUCGCGCGGAUGAAGGCCACCUUCGACUCGCCUCACAGAUCCCCGGAGAAGGCCGUCGAGAGGAAGCCGUCCGUGAGGAAAGAUAUGAAAGGAGUGGUACGGAAGAGCAAAUUCCGUCACGUCUUUGGCCAGGCGGCGAAAAACGAUCAGUGUUACGAUGAUAUCCGGGUCUCCAGGGUCACCUGGGACAGCGCAUUCUGUGCCGUCAAUCCCAAGUUUGUCGCCAUAAUUAUUGAAGCCAGCGGUGGCGGAGCUUUCCUCGUUCUUCCUCUUCAUAAGACGGGACGCAUCGACAAAGCCUACCCAACAGUGUGCGGUCACACCGGUCCAGUGUUAGACAUCGACUGGUGCCCACACAACGACCAGGUCAUCGCCAGCAGUUCCGAGGACUGCUCAGUGAUGGUUUGGCAAAUUCCUGAGAAUGGCCUCGUCACUCCCAUGUCGGAGCCAGCCGUGGAACUAAAGGGUCACUCCAAGCGAGUGGGCGUAAUCACAUGGCACCCGACAGCUCGUAAUGUUCUUCUCAGUGCAGGUUGUGACAACAUAAUCAUGAUCUGGAACGUGGGCACCGGCGAGGCCAUGAUCAUCUUGGAAGACAUGCAUCCAGAUAUGAUUUACAACGUUUGCUGGAACCGCAACGGCAGUCUCAUCUGCACGGCCUGCAAGGACAAGUCGGUCCGUGUUAUUGACCCCCGCAAGGAAGAAAUUGUUGCUGAGAAAGAAAAGGCCCACGAUGGCGCUCGUCCCAUGCGGGCUAUUUUCAUGAAGGAUGGCAAAGUCCUCACCACUGGUUUCAAUCGUAGGAGCGAGAGGCAGAUCGCCCUCUGGGACCCGAAAAACAUGGAAGAGCCCAUGAGCAUGACUUGCAUGGAUGCCAGCAAUGGCGUGCUCCUGCCCUUCUACGACCCCGACACCAACAUGGUUUACCUUUGUGGGAAGGGUGACAGCAGUAUCCGCUACUUUGAAGUCACGGACGAGGAUCCAUAUGUUCACUUCCUUAGCACUUAUGUCACCAAGGAAUCUCAGCGGGGCAUGGGCUGCAUGCCAAAGAGGGGCCUUGACGUCAACAAGUGUGAAAUUGCAAGGUACUAUAAACUGCUUGAAAGGAAGUGUGAGCCCAUUGUGAUGACUGUACCGAGGAAGUCUGACCUGUUUCAGGACGACCUGUACCCUGACACCGCUGGGCCGGACUCAGCCCUGGAGGCCGAGGAGUGGUUUGAAGGCAAGAAUGGCGACCCUGUCCUGAUCUCUCUCAAGAACGGCUACGUUCCAGCCAAGAGCCGGGAAUUCAAGGUUGUCAAAAAGAACAUUUUAGACGCCAAGGUGACCAAGAACACCGAGAACUCGACCCCGGCCUCCCAGAAUACGUCACCCAAAUCCGACGGCAAGCUGGAAGAGAUCUUGAAAGAAAUCAAAUCCCUCAGAGACCUGGUCAGCAGUCAGGAGAAGCGACUGGUCACACUUGAAGAGCAAAUGUCCAAAAUCGCUAUUUAGGGACCCCUUUGCCCCGCCCCGCCCCGACCUGCGCCAAUUCACCACGUUUCCUUCCGUUGGCCGGGAGGAGGACGCAAACAGUCGCCCCCUCCCCUCUCCGAGCCCUGCCAGUCAUCAUCCCUCGCAACAUUCCAGAUGAACCUUUCCUAGUCAGCCCCAAACCGUCUGCAUAAUACAGUUGGAAUGAGGACAACUUUCGCGGGGAAGCUUUCUUCCUUUUUUGGGGGUAACAAAGAACUGUUUCCCUCUCAUUCUGUGGCAGUGUCUUUUUUUUUUAUAUAUAUAUAUAUAUAUAUAUAUAUAUAUAACGUCUUACACUUUCCAUGUUUUUUUUUUUUUUUUUUUUUUUGACAAAAGGGCCAAAUAAUUUCCAAUACGAGCAUUUAUUUCUGUUUUCUUUUUCGUUUUUUUACUGUUCUAUUGCCAUUUUCCAAAGUUGUAACAUGGGCAAAUUGUGUGGUUUUUUUUGUUUUUUUUUUUUUUGUCUGUCUCUCUUUCUUGAUGAUAGAGGUUGAACGAAUUAGCAUCAACCUAUUUUCUGUCUCCUUCCUUCCUUCCUUCCAUCAUUCUUACACUCGUGCACACAUGCAUUCCUUUUACUUACUCUGUGCGCUUGCUGCGGUAAAGCAAACUUCCUCCUUCCUUCCUUUUUUUGUGAGGCCCCGAGAAAUGACAAACUUUUGAAUCUCCUUUGAUUCCAGGAGAUGUUCGGGCACAUUCCACUCGCAACUAUCGUCAGGUCGUCUUAGGAUCAUUUUGGUUGCCUUUUAAUAGAUUAUUUCGAACGAUCGAGGGAAAAAACGGUCAACUGGCUGUCGGUGAUCAAAUUGGAAGGUUCGUGCAGAAAAAUGCUCCAGGUAGAUUUAAAAUUAAAAAAAUAAUAAUAACAAAAAACGCUUGUGUGCCUCAUGUUUUUGGCCUUCUCAAUGUCUUGUCGACUUGGACAUUCCUUUUUUUUUUUUUUUUUUUGCUUCACUGUUUAUUUUUAGCCUAUUUGUUGUUCCAGCAGUUCUUAUGUCCCUCUUGGCACUUCCACUAUAAGAAAUCUCAGAUUUUCUCAUGUGUGUUUAUGCAAGACCAAUUUUCAUCAUUUUUUGAAAAAAAAAAAAAAAUCUGCUUCUUAGUAAGGGGGAAAAAAGAUGGGGGUAAAAGUGUCUUUCUUUCACUUACAAUAUCUGAUUCUACUGUAAAGCGCUGCACGUGCCAUAUGGCGCCAUUGUACAAGUGUGUGUAGAAGUUUUUUGUGUGGUUCAAGCCAUGUCGUAAAAUGAAGAUAUGAAAAUCACUUGAGGGUGCCAAAACAUGCAAGGUUGACACUUUGUAAAUAUUCUUAUUGGAUGACAUCGAACAUCUGAAAAAUCCUCUAGCAACCAGCAUUAAGUUGGGAAUUUCAAAAGCCAUUUAAGAAAAAAAAUAAUAAUAAUAAAAGGUGUGAAACCAAGCCAAUAUAGACGGAUAGAUUAUAAUAAUGGGACAUGUCAGAUUUAUAUGUGGUGCUCUGCUUUGCGCUAGGUUUAGAAAUGUAUCGUAAGAACUAACCUAAAGGGACACCGUAGGUUGGAAAGCGUGCACGGUCGAAAGAUGUUUGUGCCGAGUCUUAACAAUUGAGUGGAAAUGACCAAUUUUUUUUUUUUUGUAUUCUUUUAUUUUGUCGUCGUGGCUGUGCCGAAGAGGGAGUUUGUACGGUGGCCAGGUUUUUAAAUGUUUCUCCUCGUCUUGUGUUUUCCCGCACCUUGCCAUAACGCAACAGCUGAAACCUCUUGUUAGACUGGAGCGUGUCUGAAAAUCAAAGAAAAAAAAAAUCAACUGAAAACAAACCAAGUUGAAGCCUCGUGUGGAGGUGUGCGCAACAUUUUUUUUUUUAAAUGUAUUUUUCCUGCUUCAAGUAUCAAACAAUGAUUACAAAAAUAAAAAACUUUAAAAUGUG